AUGAUUGAGAAGGAUCCUACGGAGAAGGAGCUUCCCGAGAAGCUCUACGAUCCGACUCACAACCCUGACGGAUUGCUUGUCAUGGGUGUCGCUGAAAACGCGUUGAUGACGCCCGUUUUUACGGAGUAUACCGAGAAGCACUCCCAUCUUCAUCCUGAUCAUCUACGAUACCGGUGGACAACGCGAAAAGGAUUCGCACCUACAGCUGAGGAAGCAUUGCCGAACUACAUCAACGAUACCUUCCACCCCAUUAUCCCUGUCACUCAAGAGAACUCAGUUGCUGGAGCAGGCGUAGGCUCCCUCAUCUCCCAGUUUUGUUGGCAUGUCUGCGAAGACGGAGAUGCCUUCCUUAUAACGGCGCCCUUCUACGAUGGAUUCCGGGGUGAUUGCGCAUACCCGUCUGGAACUGGGCUGGUCGUCGUAGAUAUACCACCAAGCAUAGAUCCUCUUACAAAGGAGAGCGUCAAGUACCUGGAAGCAGCCAUAAAGGAGCCUAAGACCGGUGGCCCGACCAUACGCGGCCUCAUUCUCUGCAACCCACAUAACCCCCUCGGCACAAUAUACCCGACCGAGAGCAUCGUCGCGUAUGCCCAGCUUGCUGAAAAGUACGACCUACACCUUCUGGUCGACGAGAUAUACGGCAACCAGGUCUAUGCGAGCUCGCUCGUCCCACACCCGCCGCCCUUCGUCUCGGCACUUUCCCUUGACCUCCUCUCUCUCGCGAACUGCAACCCAUCACGCGUGCACGUUGUCGCAGGACCAUCGAAAGAUUUUGGCGCGUCAGGCCUGUGCAUCGGGAUCUUCAUCUCGCAGCACAACCCGGAGCUGGUGAAGCUCAUGGACUCUGCUGCGGAGUCGAACCAGAUUUCUGGUUCCACGAACGCCAUCUUCGCCGCUGCGCUCAGCGACAGACAGUGGCGAGACUGGUUUCUGGAAGAGAACCGGCGUCGGACUGCUGAGGCGUUCGAGGUGGUUGUGGCAUGGUGUCGGUUCCACAAGAUACCGUUGUUACCUUGUUAUGCUGGGCAAUUUGCUAUUAUGGAUCUCGAAUCAGUUUUGAAUCAUUUUCGGACGAAGAAGACAUUGGAAGAGAAGGAAGAAGCGCUCUCAAGCAAGAUGCUGAAGGCCGGUGUCUUAAUGUUUCCGACUGGCCAAGACCAAUACCCUACGCGAUACCGACUCGUGUUCGUCCGCCCUCGCGACGUUCUUCAGCUCGGACUGCGCCGUCUUGAGACUGCAUUUGGGUUACCUCAUAUGAGCGAGAUAGGUGCUAAGGGCGACUCUGAUCAGGAGACAGCGGAAAGGUCUGGCUGUGUCAUUACGCAGAAGCUGGUGGAUGCAGUCUCUUUGGGUACAUCGACUGGAACGUGCAGGAAACCGUGUUGA